AACCACAAAUCCGCUCCCCAAAAUUCGGACGGCCUCCAAACCCUCUUCCCUUCUCGCCGUCCCUUCGUCUCUGAGAUUCUGACUCUGCAACUAAGGCAGCGUUGUGCGACGAUCGACAGUCAGAUUUUUGCCGGAGAUGACGAUCUCAUAACCAGAAAAGGUAGCUGAGAGCCUAGAAAAAAUGGUGAGGAAGAAAGAUAAGUUUUGGAUACAUGUAGAGCAACUUGGAUUGAACCGUUUAAAAUGUAAAUAUUGUGAACUUGAUUUCUCUGGGAGUGUUACACGAGUAAAGGCUCAUUUGGCUUGUUUAACUGGCCAUGAUGUUCAAAUUUGUUCCAAAGUACCUGAGCACAUCAAAGUUGAAGCCCUUGCAGAGUUAAAUUUGAAUGCAUCUAAGAAGAGAAAGAGUGAGUCUAUGGAGAGUGGAAUUGGUUCUACAACUUCCCAAAACAAGACCACAAUGGUAGAAAUAGCUUCUAAGAAAAAAGAAUCAUUGGAAAGGAGGUUAACGGAUUUUUUUGUCAAGAAUAACAUUUCCAUCAACAUGAUGCAAAUAGAUUCUUUUAUUGAGAUGAUGAGAGCUGCAUGUGAAUAUGGGCCAGGUUUUGUUGUACCUGAUUACUCAACUCUCCAUACCCGUUUGAUUCCUGAAGCAAAAACAGAGGUCAUGGAGUAUGUUAACAACAUAAAAUCUACAUGGGCUGAAACAGGUUGCACAAUCAUGUCUGAUUCUUGGACUGACUUACAGAAGAGGUCUUGGGUUAAUGUGAUUGCGUACUCUUCUAGGGGUGCUGUGUUUCUAAAAUGUAUUGAUUGUGGUACAAACAAAAUAACUGCACCAUUUCUUUUCAAAGAAAUUUCUGCCGUCAUUGAAGAGCUUGGACCACAAAAUGUUGUGCAAUUCAUUUCAAAUAAUACUACUAACUAUAAUUUAUGUGGUGAUUUGUUGAGGGAAAAAUGGCGUCAUAUAUAUAUGACAAAUUGUGCUGCACAUGGGGUUAAUUUGCUUUUGAAGGAUAUCUACAAGCAUGUCAGGUGGGUGAGGGAAGUUAUUAAUGAUGGGAAACUUGUGGUGGAUUAUAUCCACAGCCACACUGCUAUUUUGGCCUUAAUGAGGCAAUUCAUCAAUGGGAAAGAGCUUAAGCAACCUUGCAAGGCAAGGUUUGCUACGAAUUUCUUGAUGCUUCAAUCUCUUAUUGCAGUUGAGAACGAGUUGAGGCUUUUAGUUGCAUCAUCUGACUGGAGUAGCUUUCACUUCAAUGGGGCUGAAAUGGCAGUAAAAACUGUUGAAAUCAUUCAAUCUGAUGCUUUUUGGGAGGGGGCAAAGGAGGUUGUUUCUUUCAUGGGGCCAAUAAUUCGGAUUCUCCACCUUGUUGAUUCAGAGGGUUCUACUGCGGGUUACUUAUUUGAAGUAACAGAAAAGGCGAAAGAAACAUUACAGAAAUUUAUGGAGAAUGAUAGAAUCAAAUAUUUAACCAUCAUGGACUUAUUUAAUAGUAGGUUGGAGAAGAACAUUAUUAAUCAUGUUCAUGUGCUUGCUGCAGUUCUAAAUCCUGCUUUUAUGUGUGCUGACCGAUUUAAGAUAGAGACAUCUAGAAUUAUGGAUGCACAAAAUUUUAUUAUGGAAACCAUGGUUCCUCCAGAAGAACAUGAUCAAUUCACUACAGAAAUGGUUGAAUAUCGCAUGAAGAGCCCAAGGGUAUUCUCUUCUAUCACAGUAAUGUCUACGAUGAGAGUGAGCCAUCCAAGGAUUUGGUGGAAAUUUUGUGGUUGUUAUUUUCCUAUGGUUCAAAAGAUUGCUUGCAAAAUUUUGUGCCAACCUUGUAGUUCUUCUCAUUGUGAGCGAAAUUGGAGCGCCUACGAUGCAGCACAAACAAAGAAGAGAAAUAGAUUGGUCCCAGAUAUGGUAGAAGAUUUGGUGUACAUCAAGAUGAACUCUUUGAUGAAGGAGAAGUAUGAAAGCCAGGAGCUUCAGGAUGUCAGGCCCAUUGAUUUAGAAAAACUUGGUGAUUUGCUUGAGGAAGACGCUGAACUAGAGACGGAGAGACUCGAACAAACAUAUGUUGAACCCAAACCCCCGAACACUGGAAUUGAUGGGAUGGAUCGUACAGGAUCUGCUUCAGAUAGUUUGUAGCAAUGUUAAUCUUUGGACGUGUUUCGCAUGAUAUUUAGAAUUCUAUUAUCGUGUCUAAAUUUUGGAAUAUCCACUUUGUGGCUCUUUGGUAAUAAUGGAUGAUAUAUUUCGGGUUUGGACAUUUUUUUUGUAUUGGGUUUGAAUUUGGAACUGGUCUUGCAUAUCUUUUUUUUUUUUAUUUGAAGUUGAAAUAUAUAUUUUAUAUGGUGCUUAGAUUUUUGGAAUU